AUGACUGUGCUAGAUGCCGAUGGCGAACGUGCUGGUUCAUUUGCCGCCGAUGCCGCAGCAAACACACAGUUAUCCGAAACAAACGCUAAACAGUACAUUAAGCACACUACUAUUGGAACGGCUCAAGGCACAAACGACGCGCACAGUUGGGAAUUUCAGUGGACUGCCCCUGAUGCGGAUAUAGGUCCUAUUACCUUCUAUACUGCCGGAAACGCUUCCAAUGGAAAUUUCAACCCUAUAGAUGAUUAUAUCUACACAAAACAGGCAGAAUCGACACCUCCAGUACCCAUAGUCGCCGGUGUGUCCUUGGAAAUCGUAGGAGACACAGCACUCUCUACAAUGGAUACCGUCGCAGGUGUAAACUAUACCCUCAAAGUAACGAAUACCGGCAAUAUGAUGGACACGAUAAUGCUUGAAGCCUCAGCAGAGGCCGGCAUUGAAGGCAGUGUCCUUGGUGCCCUCAGUGACAGGUCAGUUGAACUUGAAGCCGGUGCAGAUGCAGAAGUAACAUUGAAGGUUGCAGGGGAUUUAUUGACAGAACCUGGCGAUUAUCCCAUUAGUGUGACGGCGACUUCCAAGACAGAUAGCACGAUGACUGCUGAAGUCACAGCCACUACAACUGUAGAAACGCCGCCACCGCCGCCGACACCAGAAAUACCUCCACCGCCGCCGACACCUUGGGAUGUCAAUGACGAUGGGACACGUGAAUAUUCAAGACUUAGUCUUGGUCGCGAGCGAAUUUGGUCAGUCUGGAGAAGCCCUUAA